UUUUUCCAGACCGCAUAUGCUGAUCAAAGGUAUGCAUGCUCCGCUCUUACAAAAUUCUGUCUCCACAAUAUCUAUUCGUUGCGUCUGAUACCCGCACUGUCCAAAGAACACUGGCCCGCGUUUCAUUCAUCGUGGCUCGUGCUCCAGGGUACUCACUUUUUCAUACCACCACCUGUCAGGUGUUUCUUGGACUAUUCUCAGCAACAAGACUUUUAAGCCUUAAGAGCUUUCUCACGACGCCGAAAGAAGCCGUUGGGAGAGCCGAGCUUCGUGGUCGAUGCUUGAGACGAGAUCGUCCCUGACAGACUGAACCCUCCGCGCUUGUAGUGAACACCCAGUCUUGCUUUGCAAGAUUACAAGAUUCUGUCACCAAUUCGAGUGUCGUAAUGUGUGCUUCGGUCUUGCAUAGACAAGGUUCGUUCAUGACGCUGAGAUCAAGCCGCAUGCAAGCAGCCGACAUAUGCAUGGUUUCCAACGACACUGUAAGAUUGACUUUGAUGUCGAUGGGAGUGGAAUCGGCGACUAGCAGAUCGCGGAAUAGUUCAAUAAUCUGUUCGACAUCGUCUUCGUUCAUUGCUGCUUCUUUGGCUUUUGCCGGGUUGCCGGCCUAUGCGUCAGACGUCAUCAUUUUGUACAUGGGUCACUUAUGUCUGCCACGAAUCUCGACGCUGGAGCGACCCUGACACCUCG